AUGGCCGACCAUACGCCGUCACCGGAAAGUGAAGAGUUUCCCGGCAGGUUGCUGCAUCAGGCGGCGCUCUGGGACAAUGUGGAACUGCUGGAAGAUCUGCUGCAGGAGGAAGUCCAUCUGAUCGACUGUCUCGAUUCGUGGGGCCGGGCACCGAUCCAUGCCGCGGCCAUUACCGCCGAGUCUCGCUGCCUGCCAAUGCUGAUCAAUGCCGGGGCGAACAUCAAUACGACAGCCGGUUGCCGGUGUGAUAACAAGACUGCCCUCCAUUUCAGUGCCGAGCAUGGUCAUGUGAGUAAUAUCAAGGUGUUGCUUGACGCGGGUGCCUCAUUUAUUGCGAAGGAUCGCAACGGAUUGACGGCACUGGAUCUGGCGGAACGGAGUGGACAUGAGGCUUGCGUACAGUUGCUGAAAGAUGCGGCCGAUACUCGUGAGCAGAUUCGGAGCCAGAAGCAUCGAGCAUUACGGGAGGCUGUCACUGCAUCGGACGAAGCAGCCGUUCAGAUACUGCUGGAAAACAUUGGUACCGAUAGAGAAAUCAUCGUGAAUAUGGCUCCCGGUGGUGCAAACACACUUCUGUUCAUCGCGGCACAAACCGGUUCCGAGCGCAUUGUGGAGCUACUGCUGGAAGCAGGCGCUGACGGGAGGGCACAUGCGGUCACCAAGUACUCGCCCCUGUACACGGCCGUCCACAAUGGUCACACGAAGGUGGCAUCCAUGUUGUUGGAUCGGUUUCCGGAGCUGGUGCAGCAGGUAACAGUCGAACGGUGGUUACCGUUUCAUGCGGCCUGCAUCAAUGGACACUGUGCCGUGGUCGAGCUGCUGAUCAAACACCCGUACGUGGACGAACUGCUCAGUGCGUACCGCAGCCCGAACGGUGAGCUCGAAUGGCGCCUUGCGUUCGAUCCGAACGCACAGGACGUUGCCGGUCAGACGGCCCUGUACGUGGGCUGUCUGCUCGGUAAUCCGCAGCUCGUCGACACGUUGCUGAAAUGGCGCGUAAAGUGCGUAAGACACACGUUAGCUACGACAUCGAGCAGCACCGGUGGAACAGUGACGGUAACGUCACCGCGAACGGAGGAAACGGACACCGGUAGCAGCAAUCCACUUAGUCCAACCAGUCGGAAAAUCUCGUUUGGCAUUCAAUCGAUCAUGUCGCGGUUAAGUUUAAGCGGUCGGUCCGAUCCAUCCGAAGACGGCACGGGUCUGGACGGUGAAACACGCUGCCCGCUCGAUCUGGACGUUCUAUGCGGGGCAGCUCGGGAAACCGCACUGCUAGCAGCUGUACGGGGCGGAUUUCUCGAUGUGGUGACGAUACUCCUGGAGAACGGUGCUGAUCCGAACGUGAUUGCACGCGCAGUUGAAGAUCAGAACGAUCCUAAAUCGUCAGAUGAAAUUUACGGAUUUUCCAAUGUACCGCUUGCCGAAGCGACGCGCCAAAAAUCGUUACCGAUGGUGGAACUGCUGCUCAAGCACGGUGCACGUGACGAUCAAUCGGUUGCACUCAGUAUCGCAGUGCAGAAUGCAGACGAACCGAUCAUCUGUCGGUUGCUCUCGAUUAAGGCCCACCCGGACCCGGACUAUAAGAUUAACAAGCGCGCCUUCACCGGACAGGAACCGUCGGCUGCGGAGUACAGUGCCUCACCGCUCGCCUUUGUAAAGAUGGGUGGUAACUUUACGUACAGUUCGCUCUUUCCUAGCACCGCCACCAUGAUCAACUGGCACAGCAAUAACUGCCGGUUGGGGUUAAUACGGAUGGGUUGGCUGAGCGAAGCGGUGCUGCAGUGCAAUCGGAAGCUGAGGGCACACCCGAAGAGUAAUCAGCUAGCCCUUGCCGCACUGACACGCAUCGAUAUAUCGCACAACACACUAACGACGUUGCCGGCCGAAAUCUUUACGCUCGGCAGCUUACGCUACCUGAAUGCGGCACAGAAUAAGAUCGAACGGUUACCAUUACCGGAGGAAGACAGUGACCGGUUGGCGGGAGGGCAUCGGACCGAUGGUAAGCGGCGUGGUUCGGCAAAGCCAGUCGAGUACCAGUGUCCGGUGCUGGAGGAGCUCUAUCUGCAGGAUAAUCGGUUGGAGUGCGUACCGGCGGUACUGUUCCGUAUGCCCAAUCUCGCGAUACUGGACGUGUCGAACAACAAGCUGCAGGAGUUACCUUUUGAGAUGUGGAAAGCACCGAAACUGAAGGAGCUGAAUGUGGCGUUCAACUUCCUAAAGGAUCUUCCCUCGCUACCGAUCACGGAAUUGGGUACUGGCCAGGGGAUGGAUGGUGGACGCGUGGAAUUACCUUCACCCGUAACGAUUGGUGUGGAAAGCGGUGGAUGUGGUAGUAGUGUAGCGUCGGCCGCCCUCUUCCACCUAUACACCGGCACGAGCGCAUCGUUUGACGAUGGUACGGAAGCACUGGCACGCAACCGGCACGUCUCGAACCUGGAGCUGGUACGGCAUCACAUCUGGGCCCGUUCGCUCGAGGUAACCGAGCAGGAGCUUCGUUUGGCGGACUCACGGAACGACAGUGCACUGUCCCAGCUGAGCAGUCUGAACCUGGCGAACAAUCUGUUCACCAGCAUCCCACUGGCGUUGCCCUGUCUGGCAGUGAACCUGACGCGGCUAAACAUGUCGUACAACAGCUUGCGAUCGAUGGGGCACGUUACGAGCUAUCCGGCAUCACUCAAGCAGCUAGAUUUGGGUCACAACGAAAUCAGCUGUUGGCCCAGUUUACCACGGAUAGCCGCAUCCGAUCCGCAUCUGAUGUGUUACAAUCCGCAGGAGGGGAAAAAACAUCUCACCGAUGGUAGCGGAACAGGUGGAACGGGUGGAGGUAGUGGUGUUGGUGGUGGUGGCGGUAGUGCGGGUAAAUCUGGUAGCAGAGGUGGCAACAGUGGAUCGGGUAGUAAUGGUGGACCGGGUGGCGAUACAACCCCUUCAUCCAGUACAUCCGCUUCGACCACAUCGUACGGUGGUACGGAAAUGACGACCGUGGUGAAAUCAUCCACCAGCUCAAAUAGCAUCACCUCGCUACGUACAGCCGUCCUGAAGAGUGUCUGCUGUCACCGGCGACAUCUACGGCUGGAGUCGUUGCGUACACUCGUGCUCGCGGACAAUUCCCUCACGCGCAUUCAACUCUCCACGGACGACGUGACCACGUUGGGCGAAUCGGACGACGCCGAGUGGAGCCUGAUCGGGAUGGCGAAAUCGCGACUCAUUUUUCCGAACCUCUCGAUGCUUGACAUUAGCAACAACUGUUUGAAGGAGAUCCCACCAUCGAUACACGAGUUGACCAAUCUGAGUGUGUUAAACCUGAGCGGUAACAUGGACAUCACCGAGCUGCCGCCCCACAUGGGUCUGCUGUCGCGGUUGUGGAACCUGAACACGCGUGGUUGUUCGCUUCAGGAUCCGUUGCGGUCUAUGAUCGAGAGUAAAAAGUACAAGACGAUGGAUAUCGUCGGCUAUCUGAAGUCGGUAUACGAGGACGCACGGCCCUACGCACGGAUGAAGCUGAUGGUGGUCGGUGUGCAAGGCAUCGGUAAGACGAGUCUGCUGGAGCAGCUACGUAGCGAGGGUUCCUCACGGGGGAAGAAACCGGUCGAUCACUGGGCCAAGCGGAUGGGACAUCGGAACAUCAACCAGAAAACGUCACGCGGCAUCAACAUGUCGACCGUCGGUGUCGACAUUGGUGAUUGGGUGUGCGAAAAAAAGGUGCGUGGCCAAUCCCACCACGGCCCGGUUGUGUUCCGCACGUGGGAUUUCGGGGGGCAGCGCGAGUACUAUGCCACGCACCAGUACUUCCUCUCUAAGCGCAGCCUGUACCUGGUGCUGUGGCGCAUCAUCGAUGGUCGGCGUGGUUUGGCCGAGGUGUUGCAGUGGCUCGGCAACAUACAGGCACGGGCACCGAACUCGCCUGUCAUCAUCGUCGGCACGCACUACGAUGCGGUCGGCGAAACGCUGCCGGCGAAGAAAGCGGAAGAGCUGCAGCAAAUCAUUCGCGACCGGUUCAUUGCGGUGUCGGAUGCGGAAAAGAUUGGGCUGCCGCGUGUGCUCGAUUCGAUCGAGGUGAGCUGUCGUACCGGUCACAACAUUAAGCUUCUCGCCGGGCUAAUCUACGAUACCGCGUUCUCACUUCGGCCACCCGGUUGUAAGGAGCCGCUGCUGUACCAGCGCGUACCAGCCAGCUAUCUGGCGCUGGAGGAUGUGGUGGCUAACAUUGCGGCCAGCCUGCGCCAGCACGGUGCCGACCCGGUACUGGAUGCGGAUCGGUACCGGCAGACGGUCACGCACGAGAUGCAGCUGCGCGGUCUCAAAGGAUUCCGCGACUGGUCGGAGCUGAACCAGGCGACCAUGUUUCUGCACGACAACGGUGUGCUGCUGCAUUACGACGAUGCGACGCUACGCGAUCUGUACUUUCUCGAUCCGCAGUGGCUUUGCGAUAUGCUGGCGCAUGUUGUGACGGUGCGCGAAAUUAACCCGUUUGCCCGUACCGGUGUGAUGAAGAUGGACGACCUGCAGCACGUGUUCAAAAGUUCCUGCCUGGGUAGCAACAAUAAUCGAGGCUACAUUGUGAGCCUGUUGAAUAAAUUUGAAGUUGCCCUUUCGUGGGACGCACGCACACUACUGAUCCCGUCCCUACUGCCAACCGAAGAGGAUAGCAGUUCGGAGCGAAUGGUCACGGUAAAGAUUGCAACACGUUCCAAAGGUUGGGUUAAUCGGGCACGGCGCAAUCCGCUAGGAAACAGUGGCUUUUCGUUACCUUCGUACGAUCACCCGCUACAAACGGUUGGUGGUUCGGCUAGCCUGGACCACUCGCCGGUACCGACGCCAACGCCAACCGACACCAACACCGGUACCGUCUGCGACGUACAGAUGGUACCGCAUCCCGACCGUUCGAUCGCCCGACUGCUGCUCAUGUCCUACUUUCCAUCCGGUUUCUGGUCGCGGCUCAUUACUCGUGUGCUUGCCGACGAUCAGGUGGUGGAAGCAGUCCGUGGUCUUUACCCACUGCCGAAGGAGCUACUGGAUCACAGUGCCGGGCUAGAAGAUGCACCCGGUCUUUCGGCACACUGGGCUGUAUGGCAGACGGGGCUUUCCCUGCAUUUCGGUUCGUCGACGGUGGUGUUUAAGAUGCGCGAAAUUUCCAUCACCUGCCCAACGUCCCCGUAUCGCAAUCCGAUGAACCGGUUCAAGCUAAAACAGGACGGUAUUUGGUGUGAUAUCGAUCUGACCGCCAGCUCCAUACUGGAAAUUCACUUCCCGUGCAAUGCACUGCGUGUACAGGUGCCGGGACCGGUGGAACAUGCAGCGGAAGAUAUCCGGAAACCGAUUGCCGUCGAGAUCGAACCGAAUAUUCAAUGUCUAACGCAGCUACUUGCCCUGACGGUGGAUCAUAUCGAUUUGCUGCUGGAGGAUUGGUACCCGACGCUCGGUACCCGGUUCGUCCACACGUCUGAGGGCCGGUUUCUGGUGACGCGUCUCGUACCCUGUCCACGGUGUUUGCGCGAGUGUGAAGAACGUCAUGCGCCGAAUCUUCCAUCGCAGGUCAAACCAUGCUCGGCAUUAAAUCAACGCGCCUCGUACGCGGCCAACGGUGUCCAUCGCCAUCGGUUAAGCAUCGGUGGUGACCGGCGCACCGACGGUGUUUCUGGUGGUGGCGGAUCGGGUGCAGGUGUUGAAGCGAGCGGUGGCUUAAAUGAGCUGCCCGGUAUACUGCACGACACGAUGGCUGGUGCAGCUGGUCGCAAGUCGCAAGAUUCGCUCGGCUGGUCCGACUGCGAUUCGGGCGUUGGCCAGGAAACAGCCGACAGCUCCAGCGAGACAUCGAUAGAGGGUUACACGCUCGCAAUGGCCGGUGACGGUUCGCCGAGCUAUUCCUGGAUGGUGGAGGAAUGCAUCCUGGCGGCGUACGAUCGAAAAUCAGUCUCGUGUCCUAUACAUGGUGAGAUCGAACUGGGUCGGAUUACUCCCGAUGUGAACUUCAUGGACCUUCCCGACCACUACCUAAUCCGUUCGAGUGAUAUUAACCGUGGACCUUUACUUGGUCGUGGUGCGUUCGGUUUCGUCUUUAAAGCAACCUGUAAAUCGACCCGGCACACUAGCUCGUCCGCCACUACCUCCGGCGCAUUGACCGGCCGUCUAUCAUCCCUGUUAGGCAACGGUUCGAACGCUGCCACCGGCGGGCCAACGAUAAAUGUAGCGAUGAAGAUGCUGCAGCCGGUUGCACCCGGACCACGGGCACGGCAGAGUGCCAUCAUCGCGUACAAGGCCGCACUCGGCAAAUGGGAACGGGAUCCGCUGCAGCACGCCUGCAAAGCGUACUGUACUGCCCGGCAGGAGCUGGCCGUACUGCUAACCCUACGCCAUCCGCACAUCGUACCGCUGAUCGGUGUCUGCACGCAACCGUUAGCACUCGUGCUGGAUCUCGCACCGAAGGGUGCGCUCGAUGCGGUACUGCGCCACUUCCGGCGCAGCGGUGCUCGUAUCGGGCCCUACUGCUUCCAGGCGCUCGUACUGCAGGCUGCCAAAGCGAUGGAGUAUCUGCACCGUCGGCGGGUUAUUUACCGCGAUCUGAAGGCUGAGAACAUACUGGUUUGGGAAUUUCCGGAACCGCAUGCGCAUGAUCACCCAUCGAACGCCGUACACAUCAAGGUGGCAGAUUAUGGCAUCAGCCGCAUCACGCUACCGUCCGGCUCGAAGGGUUUCGGCGGUACGGAAGGGUUUAUGGCGCCGGAAAUCAUGCGCCACAACGGUGAGGAGGAGUACACGGAGAAGGUGGAUUGCUUUUCAUUCGGCAUGUUCCUGUACGAGCUGAUCUCGCUGCGCCAACCGUUCGAGGGCCAUGAAGCGGUGAAGGAGUGCAUCCUAGAGGGUGGCCGCCCGGUGCUAACCCAUCGCGAAACGCAUUUCCCUUCGUACUGUCUCGACCUGAUGGUUCUGUGUUGGGAUCAGCAACCGAAGCUUCGUCCAUCAGCCAGCCAGAUCGUGUCGAUCGCAACGGCACCGGAGUUUACGCACCUGCUCGAUGUGAUUUCGCUGUCGCACGGUGGUAGCGUGAUGGAUGGUAUCGCUUGUAUGAUCACCAGUGCGGACGGUGAGGAGACGGGUAUGGUGUCGGGGUACGAGCUAUGGUUGCCGUGCUCGAACUCGCGCAUCGACAUCGUGGGUGGUUCGGCGAAGGGCUGGCAGCAGUACCACCGGAUCCUUUGCCCACAGGUGAAAGGGUGUGCCGGUGGUGCGAACAGUGGUACGGGCGGGCAAGGUACCGGUACUGGUUCUGGGACCGGUACGCCCGGUUGCACCGGUUCCUCCACGACGAUGAGUUCCGGAUCGUCCGGGUCGCAACCUACCACGCCCCAUCUGCUAAAAACGAUCAAGCUGACGACGGCGUGCGCGGUCGAGUCGGCCGUCUGGAUCGGUGAUGCCGAAGGUAACAUAUAUGCGUUUAACGCAGCCGACUGUGUGCAUCUGUUCUCGUACGCACUCGAACCGUCCGCACCGUCACCGGUCGUCGCACUCGUCUACCUGAAAAAAUUUCAUCGUGUAGCGGCCGGGCUGGAGAACGGCCGGCUGUUUCUGCUCGACUCCACGCUCAUCCCGAGCACAUACGUGUCCGCGGAAGGUAGCUUCGUGCUGUCCGAGCUCGGUUCCGGCGAACGACUCUGUUCCGUGACCGCACUUUGGCUGGCGGAGGAUGAAUGUGAGCUGUGGUGCGGCGAACGGGACGAUGCCAUCAGUGUCUUCUCGUUGCGAAACUCGCACGUAUCAGGCCAACAUCAUCUAACGCACUUUCCAGCACCGCUACCGGUGCGCGGACUGAGCGUUGCGCUGUUGUACGCAUCCGGCGACGACUACGUCUACUCGUAUCUCUCCCCAAGCUACAUCCUUUAUCAGUGGCGCUCGUCGACGAAGCGGAUAGAGAACAAGCUCGACUGCUCCAAGCUGGUACCGUGCUCUGAAAGCCUCAAGAGCAUCGCCAUCGAUGAGCGGCUCAGUCCAGGAAAAUGCCAGAUCAGUGCGCUUGCCGUGCUCGGCAACGAGCUGUACGUCGGCACGACCUGGGGCUGCAUCAUUGUAGUGGAACGGGGCAACCUACGACCCACGACCGUGUUUCGACCGUACGAGGAGGACGUAAGGUGCAUCAUACCGGUCGUACCGGUCGCGCCUGGGUACGACGCAAUCGGCACCUACACCAAGCCGCUAAUUGUGACGAUCGGUCGGGGCUAUCGAUCACUGAUCGAGCGCUACACGGACGUGACGGUUUCGGCGACCGGAACGGCAAGUGCCGGGCGCCAAAUUGCCACCACACCGACCAACCAGGACAAGCGGCUGAAGGAGGCACUGCUGCGUGACCGGUCCAACCACAUGCACGCGUUGAUCUGGUCCGCGGAACAUUGGGCACCGAUCUAA